CUCCUCGGAGGCCGUGCGAGGAGCAGGUUUGAUGACAUUUCAAUGUUGACCUGUCGCCCAUAUGGUUCGUCCCAGGCCUCAAAUAACAGAGGCUUAGAUCUGUGUUUCUGAGAGAGGAGCAGUGUGGGACGGCCCAACAUGAACAUGACAUCUGGUGACGGCCAUGAUGAAAAUCUCAGGAUCCCUCUGAUGGGAUUUGUCCAUCGCUGUUAUGAUUAUUAUUCGCCCUCCGAGGCUCAUAUGUCUCUGUGCAGCAGGGACGGCUCCAAUUCCUCUCACAGCGGCACGGCUUUAAGGAGGGGAGGCCUAAAUAGUGCGGAUUAUUCUCUCUCUCUCUCUCUCUUUCUCUCUCUCUCUCUCUCUCUCUCUCCCACCCCUCUCUCUCUCCCUCUCACCCUGUUCUUCAUCAUCAGAAGCCUCCAUGCCUCACUUCAGUACCUGGUGCCGUGAUGACCACAGGCAUGAGCACAGCCGGUGUUCAUCGAGGCUUCCUCAGGAAAUAUGGGGGCUUCAUGUUUAAACAGUGGAAGGAGAAGCACCUGGUGUUGACCAUGGAGGGAAACCUGCUGGUGUGCCGCGACGCAGAAUCCCCCCCCGAUCAGGUGGUGGCUCUGCAGACCAGCUGUGGGUCCAUCGUGGAGGGACGAGAGAUCCUGGACCUGCCCCGGCUGCCUCCAGGGGGCAGAAGGGACUGCUGCUUCGCCCUCAUCCUGCCCCAGAACAAGUUCCUGCUGCUGCUCACUGACAACCCAGAGGACUGCAAUCUUUGGCUGAAUUUGAUCAGAAAGGUGAGAGAGGGUGUCAUGUCCCCGCUGACCCUUCAGAGACGCUGCAGCAUCACCCCCUGCAUCACCGACAGGGACCCGCUGCCCGACUCCGGCAGUGAGAAGGACCCCGGGUCCCCCAGGAUCUGUGAGGGGACGCCUCCUCUGGGUCAGGUCCCCGAACCAGGAGGCUCGCUCCGAGACAGACGCCAGAACCAAGCCCCCGGAGCCCGACGGCCUCUGCCUAACGUUUCCGUGCCCCCCCCCCAUCGCGUGUCGGAUUGUCUCCGUCACGGUAACAGCAGCGAUGCUCGGGCGGUGCGGGCGGUGUGCCUGCUGAUGGGGGGGGCGGCGGCCUCCUCUGCUCUGGGCUACCUCAGCUCCUGCUCCCCGUCCUCCCCGCUGGCCAGCCGGGGCCCGGAGAUGGCCCACGGCUCGGGCGUCUUCUCGGAGCUUCCUGCAGGGGGCUCCUUCCACGCCUGCAGCCAGGACGUCGACACCCCCAACUUCAACAGCUUCGACUUUGAGGGAGACUCCGACUUUGACGCGUUCGACUGUGGAGGAUUUGCUUUUUAGUCGUGACCCGGAAACUAUUUCAAAGACCUUUAAUUCUCCUUGUGUAGGUUUUCCUUUAUCAUAUAAGAGCAUUAAUUAAUCACCUGUUGGGUUUUAUAUAAUGGAUAUUUCAUGAAGGUGUUCUUCCUGGCGUAAUGCCCAUGCUCCUCGGGUUAAAACAUUCAUGAUCGUGACUCCUGACAUUUAAGCCUGCAGUAGUGUUCCUCCUCUUCAUUUGAUAUUUUAUAUUUUUAUAUUCAUUACCUCUGUGAAUACUUUCUCAUCAUCCACAUUCUCUCCAUUCCCUAGUUUGGCACGGUGCUCGAUUCCACUUUACCCUGGUUUCACAAAUCAACAGAUCAUCUGCCAUCUGGUCCGACCGGUGUCUUUUCCCUGAAACGCAGUGCAAAGGUGAAGCUCUGAAUAAAUCCUGCUGUAAUCAUGA